AUGGCGAGUGCAAUGCUUUUUGCUCUUUUCCUUUUUUCUGCCCUAACCUUCUACCCUCCUUCAACCACUGCUCAACCUGUCACGGAUGGGAAUGGUAACAUCGUUAAAAAUGGUGGCAGAUUCUAUAUAUUGCCAUCAGGUUUAGGAGCCCCCGGCGGUGGAAUUCGAGCACUCCAAACGGAUAACGAAACUAUCCCUCUCUCUGUUGUGCAAUCUCCCUUCAAGGGCGAUAUAGGGCUUCCAAUUAUCAUUUCAUCCCCAAUCAAUACCGAAUUUCUCCCUGAAGGUCAGGUGACCCUUAGCUUCGAACAUACUAUAAUUGAUUAA